CGAGCGAGAAAGGAAAAGGAGGAAAACCUUGCAAGGAGGGAAAACCUUGAAGGAGGAAAACCUUGCGACGAAGGAAAACCUUGCGAGGAGGAAAAACCUUGCGAGGAGGAAAAACCUUGCGAGGAAGGAAAACCCUGCAAGGAUGAAAAACCUUGCAAGGAGGAAAAACCUUGCGAGGAGGAAAAACCUUGCGAGGAAGGAAAACCCUGCAAGGAUGAAAAACCUUGCAAGGAGGAAAAACCUUGCGAGGAGGAAAAACCUUGCGAGGAAGGAAAACCCUGCAAGGAUGAAAAACCUUGCAAGGAGGAAAAACCUUGCGAGGAGGAAAAACCUUGCGAGGAAGGAAAACCCUGCAAGGAUGAAAAACCUUGCAAGGAGGAAAAACCUUGCGAGGAGGAAAAACCUUGCGAGGAAGGAAAACCCUGCAAGGAUGAAAAACCUUGCAAGGAGGAAAAACCUUGCGAGGAGGAAAAACCUUGCGAGGAAGGAAAACCCUGCAAGGAUGAAAAACCUUGCAAGGAGGAAAAACCUUGCGAGGAGGAAAAACCUUGCGAGGAAGGAAAACCCUGCAAGGAUGAAAAACCUUGCAAGGAGGAAAAACCUUGCGAGGAGGAAAAACCUUCU